AUGUAUAAGAAGUCGAAAUCACAGGAACUACUCAGCCACCCCGUAGUAGUCAAUGUUGGCACCGAAGAUGCAGUCGAUAACUACACACUGCGACCCAUGCACAUCGCAGACGCUCCGAGUAACAGCGAGGUCGCCAGAGUCAUUAGACUGUUAAAAACAGAGGAAGAUUGGAAGAGUCUCAUUCCAUUCCUCAGUGGACUCCAUGCAUCGAAACGGGACCUCACCCCACAUACCACUGAGAUGCUUAUACGGAGAGCUGGUGAUCUUGGGAUGGAAGCACACGUUUUGCAAGCCGUAGCGCAAGCACGUCGAACAGGUCUGCUCAUGCGCAAUGCUGAUUUCACUCGAACGCUUCUAUUUGCUAUACGACUAAAGGCAGAAAAGGCAGGAUUUAAGGGACCUGAUGUUCAUCUUGCUCUUGGACAGGCAAAGGAACUAGUCAGGUUGCUGAAUUCCCCAGAACACACACACCCGGUUGCUGAAAAGGACCCCAAGAGGCUUCCUAGUGUUAUCGGAAUGCUACUCGAGUUGAAGGCAGCUUACACCAUGGAUGCGUUUAAAGGCCGUGACGAAGACCAGGGGGUUCGGUCAUAUGCCAAUAAACUUAUCAGCACAUGGCCAUUAGAGAAGUUCACUGUGCCAUCGGAAUGGCCAACGGCCAACUGGAGACUACGCACUUACGUACCCCUAUGGCAUGGAAUGGACCUGGCUUUGCGGGUUGAAGAAAUCAAAGCCCAACCGGAUAUUCGACAAGGCCUGGAAGCUCGAAGGGACGAAUUUGCUAAGGCCGUUGAAAGUUGCCUCCAGACUGUUGACAAGCACCGCCAAGAGGUCACCCACACUGUAUCUUGGACGAAGUCAUUACUGCAUAAAUAG